AUGGAAGGUUCUACAUCCAAGACGGUGCCCAAACUGGAGCGACCUAGGAACCGGGAUGCUUGGUUGGAGAACCAGGAACUUCAAGAAGAAAUGAGAAAACUCAAACAUUGGUUAGGACUGGAGAGGGACUGGAGAAUCCAGCUCCUCAAAGAGCUGGGUUACAAAGCCAAGUGUUCCACGGAGGAAGAGAGGAAGAACCUGAGUCCGCAAGUUUUCGAGGAUUUGCAGGUGGCACUGGAGAAUAACAUGGCUCUCCUAGAAGAACAGAAACCACUGAGAGCCUCAUACCAAGAGAUGAGCGGAAAAUAUGAUACUGACACAGUCAAGCAGCAGGAUGACGACCUUCAGUGUGAGCUCAAGAAGGAAACUGAGUCUAACGCAGACACACUGUCACCAGACCAGCUCCUGAUGGCUGAGAAGGACGACUGUUGCCAAAAGAUGGCAGAAGAGCUCCAGGUGCAAAAGGAGAAAAACAUGGUUCUCCAAGAAGAAUUGGAUACACUCAGGGCUUCAUACCAUGAGUUGAGAAAAAAAUAUGAAGAUGACCUCAACACAGUCAGGCGGCAGGCUGACGACCUUCAGUGUGAGCUUGAGAAGAAAAUCGAAUCUCACACACAAAUACUGUCACAAGACCACCUCCUGAUGCAAAACCUGAUGGCUGAGCAGGACGACUGUUGCCAAAAGACAGCAGAAGAGCUCCAGGUGCAAAAGGAGAAAAACAUGGUUCUCCAAGAAGAAUUGGAAACACUCAGAGCCUCAUACCAAGAGAUCAGUGAAAAAUAUGAAACUUAUUUCAGCACAGCCAGGCAGCAGACCGACGACCGUCAGUGUGAGCACGAGAAUGAAAUUGAGUCUCACGCAAACACACUUUCACAAGACCAGCUCCUUAUGCAAAAUCUGAGGGAUGAACAGGAGGACUGCUGCCAAAAGAUGGCAGAAGAGCCCCAGGUGCAAAAUGAGAAAAACAUGGCUUUACAAGAAGAACUGGAAAGACUCAGGGCUUCAUACCAAGAGUUGAGCCAAAGAUAUGAAACUGAUGUAAACACAGUAAGGCAGCAGGCUGACAACAGUCAGUGUGAGCACGGUAAGGAAAUCGAGUCUCACACAGAUAUGGUUGCACAAGACCAGCUCCUGAUGCAAAAGGAGAAAAACAUGGUUCUCCAAGAAGUACUGGAGACACUCAGGGCUUCGUACCAAGAGUUGAGCCAAAGAUAUGAAACAAAUCUCAGCACAGUCAUGCAGAAGGCUGAAAACAUUCAGCAUGACAUCGAGAAGGACAUCGAGUCUCACACAGAUAUGGUCACACAAGAGCAGCUCUUGAUGCAAAAGGAGAAAAACAUGGUUCUCCAAGAGGAACUGGAGAAACUCAGUGCUUCAUACCAAGAGUUGAGCCAAAGAUAUGAAACUGAUCUCAGCACUGUCAUGCAGAAAGCUGAUGACUUUCAACGCGAGCUCGAGAAGGAAAUUGAGUCUCACACAGAUAUGGUCACACAAGACCAGUUCCUGAUGCAAAAGGAGAAAAACAUGGUUCUCCAAGAAGAACUGGACACAGUCAGUGCUUCGUACCAAGAGUUGAGACAAAGAUUUGAAACAGAUCUCAGCACAGUCAUGCAGAGGGCUGACGACUUUGAGCGUCAGCUCGAGAAAGAAAUCGAGUCAAACAGAGAUAUGGUCUCACAAGACCAGCUGCUGUUGCAAAAUGAGAAAAACAUGGUUCUCCAAGAACUGGAGACAGUCAGGGCUUCAUACCAAGAGCUGAGCCAAAGAUAUGAAACUGAUAUCACCACAGUCAUGCAGAAGGCUGAUGACUUUCAGCUUCAGCUCAAGGAGGAAAUCAAGUCUCACACAGAUAUGGUCCCACAAGACCAGCUCCUGAUGCAAAGUGAGAAAAACAUGGUUCUCCAAGAAGAACUGAACACAGUCAGGGCUUCAUACCAAGAGCUGAGCCAAAGAUAUGAAACUGAUAUCACCACAGUCAUGCAGAAGGCUGAUGACUUUCAGCUUCAGCUUGAGAAGGAAAUCGAGUCUCACACAGAUAUGGUCUCACAAGACCAGCUCCUGAUGCAAAGUGAGAAAAACAUGGUUCUCCAAGAAGAACUGGAUACAGUCAGGGCUUCAUACCAAGAGUUGAGCCAAAAAUAUGAAACCGAUAUCAGCUCGGUCAUGAAGAAGGCUGAUGACUUUCAGCUUCAGCUUGAGAAGGAAAUCGAGUCUCACACAGGUAUGGUCUCACAAGACCAGCAUCUAAUGCAAAGGGAGAAAAAUAUGGUUCUCCAAGAAGAACUGGACACAGUCAGGGCUUCAUACCAAGAGUUGAGCCAAAGAUAUGAAACCGAUCUCACCACAAUCAUGCAGAAGUCUGACGACUUUCAGCUUCAGCUCGAGAAGGAAAUCGAGUCUCACAUAGAUAUGGUCUCACAAGACCAGCAUCUGAUGCAAAGAGAGAAAAAUAUGGUUCUCCAAGAAGAACUGGACACAGUCAGAGCUUCUUACCAAGAGUUGAGCCAAAGAUAUGAAACCGAUCUCAGCACAGUCAUGCAGAAGGCUGACGACUUUCAGCGUGAAAUCAAGAAGGAAAUCCAGUCUCACACAGAUAUGGUCUCACAAGACCAGCUGCUGAUGCAAAGGGAGAAAAAUAUGGUUCUCCAGAAAGAACUGGAGACAGUCACUGCUUCAUACAAAGAGCUGAGCCAAAGAUAUGAAACUGAUGUCGUCACAGUCAGCAAGCAGGCUGGCAACAUUGAGAAGGAAAACGAUUAUCACGCAGAUAUGGUGAGACACCUGAGGGCUGAGAAGGACGCCCUCGGUGAAAAGAUGGUGAAGAAGAUGACACUUCUGCAGAAAAAUGCUGCUGAGCAGGAAAUGCUGCUGCGGAAAGAACUGGAGGAGCUGAAAAGUCAGCUCACCACAACGGUCAAGGCUCAGAGAGAUAAAAAUCACCCUCCCCGAGUAGAACUCACCAGUGAGGUGCCUGACAAGACCCCCAUAAAAACAAAGAAGGCUUCACCGUGUAAGAGAGUCCAAAAAUGUUUCACACUGAGGAAACCACAGAGUAGGAAGAUGUCAAAGGACCCUGCACCCAACACCUCAAAGUGAUCUUGCUAUCACUCCCAAGGCAACCAGAAUUUGAAAAAUGCAAUACCUCCUCCAUACAAAGUCACCUGCCAAGAAAAACCUAGCACCAUCUCCAGAUUCUUCUCCUUGGUGAGGAAAAAAGCAUCUCCAACUUCUUCAGAUGUAGAAAUGUGAUGAGAAUGUAAGAUAGGAAGGCAGGGAGGCAGACGACCUCCCUACAUUUAAAGUAAGACUCAAAGGACCCAUCCCUUAGUGAUGCUGCUUUAGGCCUUGACUGCUGGGGGAACUCCCAUCAUGCACUGAGCAACUCCCCCUCUCCCCCAUGUUAUUUAUAUUACUACCACGUCACUAGCAUUGUGUUUAAUCUCUCCGACAGUUUGUGCUUUCUCUUCUCCCUCUCUCUCCCUCUGUGGCUAUCUCUAACUCCAGAGGAUCCAGAUCCGAUACUACUCAACUAUUAUUGGUGUGAAUGCUGGGAGCAUAUUAUACAUAAAAAAGUUAUUUUUCUGCCUGUUGUUUUGGCCCUCUUCUCCUUAUACAUUCGUAAACCCCUCUAGAAUUACACAUUAACCACCCAUUUUACACUUUUCCUACUCUUCAUUCUCCUUCAGCUUCUUUAUCCAAACUCAAGCCAACAAUCAAGUUUAGCGUCUGCCUUUUAGCAGCCAACAUUCACACCACAAUUUCUUCAAAAAUCGCCCUUUACUUUUUAUUAUGACUAUUAUUGGUAUUUUUUAUUAUUAUUACAAUAAAAAAAUACAAUAUAUUAUUAUCACUUUAUUAUCAU